AUGUCGACAUUGGGGACACUGAGUUACUACACUGAUUCACACAUUCCACACGAGAAUGAUGAUCAUUUGGCACCGAGGUUCUCAUCCGUACCCACGGUCGAACAGCAGGCUCGAGAGCUGACGCUACCUGAAUAUGGCGAGCAGGAGCCGUACACUUUUCAGGCCAAAUCAUCUAUUUUUGGCGCGUCGUGGAGUCCAGUGCCUGUGCAUCCCCCAGGCAGUGCAUCUAUCGCAUACCACCCAUACAUCCAUCAUCAUCCAUGUUCAACAGGAGAACCCGAUGGAGUAUCCGUGCGUCCCUGGGCUUUGGAACCGCUAUCUGCGUCCCUGCCUUUCACGGGAUUAUCCUCAGAUAUGCACCAUGAUAUAAAACUUGAACCAUUGGUCGGGAACGGUGAGUGUACGACGCACACACUUCUAGUGCCCGAGGUUGACAACAACAACACGACCCCAGCAGAGAGGAAGGUACCGGACGAUGCGGUUUCCAGCGGGUCACAAGAUGAAAAAACCUCAGCAGAGACGAAGCUAGAUCUAGACCCAAAUAACCCUGCGUCCAACUGGCUGCAUGCGAAGUCCACUAGGAAAAAGCGCUGUCCUUACACUAAGCAUCAAACUCUCGAGCUGGAAAAAGAAUUUCUGUUUAAUAUGUACCUCUCGCGCGACCGUAGAUAUGAAGUGGCAAGACUCCUAAAUCUCACCGAAAGACAAGUCAAAAUUUGGUUCCAAAACCGUAGGAUGAAGAUGAAGAAAUGCAAUAAAGAUCGCCCAAAAGACAUUUAA